GUUUGAUGAAUGAAUAAUGGUCUAGUAUUUUUUGGUUUUCCAUAGGAUCCCCAAGUCUUGACCACCCAUCAUGCAGCCCCUGGGUCAAGCAGACCUGGGCGUCUCAACCUUCUAUGCUGCAGCUCACCCCCACGACCAAUGUGGGGCGGACGGACUACCGCUGACCCCAAACUCUAUCCGAAUCCUUGGUCGUCUGCAGAGGCUGAAGAUACUCGGCCAUCCAAGGCUGUGCCAGUAUGUGGACAUUGUCAGGGGAAAGCAUGAAAGAGUUAUGGUUGUCUGCGAACAUUACAAGAACAACGUGCACUUGGCAGCAAAGAAAGGAACUUUCAAACACUGGCCCAGUGUAAUGCAGUUAGUCUAUGAGGUUCUAGAGGGACUGGUAUGUUUGAACAACCACGGUCUAGUGCACAGGGCGCUGUCGCCAGCAAAUAUUCUUCUGGAUACAGAGGGUCACGUCAAGCUGGCCAAUCAUGGACUGUAUCACAUGACAGAAUAUGGAGCCUGUGUCACUUUUCCUAUCGGUCACCCCCGUUACAUGUCCCCCGAGGUCCUAUCCAGUGGCCCCAUCCAGCCUGACGACUCUGGCACGCGCCCAACCAUGUCCGGCCCAAAAGUGGACAUCUGGUCACUAGGCAUCGUCGUCAUGGAGAUCUGUCUGGGCCUGGAGCUCUGGUCCUCCUGUACCUUGCCUCAGCUCAUCUCCAAGGUGCUGUUGCUAGGGAAACACAGCAACGGCAUCCAUUCGUUGGAGACAAUCUUCAGAGAGCAUGGCACACAGAACAAGUUUCAGGAGCUCCCACAGUCUUUGCAGAGUUUUCUGAGGCAGUGCUUAACGGUUUCUCCUGACAAAAGGCCAAGUCCCUCUGAACUUCUUGCCAGUGAUCUCUUCAAAGAUUACGCCACCUGUAAGCUGCAUCCUAAGAGCAGUAUGACCAUGUUCCAGUACCCAGGCCUGAGAUCAGAGGACCUACAGCUUGACAAGUACAUAGAGAGUGUCAGAGAAGAAUCCACUGAGGAUCAUCUUGAGCUGAGGCCCAUCGCUGAGGUGUACUACCUGUGGGGUCUAGCAGGAGGAGACUUAGAGGCUGAACUCAGAAAGAAGGGUCUACUACGCAGCAGCCCACCUAUCUGUAACCUAGCAGAUUUGAUGACAGAGUUUGGUGAUGUGAUGGGACUAGAGAGAGACAGUAGCUCCCUGUAUGAUGACACAGUGGUGACCCUCUCUAUGACGCAGCUCAGAACACGCAUGGAGAACAUUGACGAUACAGCCUUCUACCCACUACUAGAAGAUGAGAAGAACCCAAUAAACUUGCCGACAUCCCCCAGCUCUAAUGGUCUGUCAGAGACCGCCAAUCUACCACUCAUCAUCAGAGAAAAAGACAUCGAGUAUCAGUUUCACCGUGUGGUCUUAUACGACCGGUUACUGCGUGGCUACCCAUACACCAUCGGUCGUGUCUUCCGUGAGUCGCGCAUUGACACGCCGCCAUUGUACAGGCCUGAGGUCUGGGCUGCGUUGUUAGCAGUGGAGGGUGAUUUCCAGGCCGUGUAUGACAGCAUCGACAAGGAGACCCCUACACCCACAGACAGGCAGAUAGAGGUGGACAUCCCCCGCUGUCAUCAGUACAGUGAGCUCCUCUCCUCCCCCGAGGCCCACCGGAAAUUCAAGAGGAUACUCAAGGCUUGGGUGGUGUCACAUCCUCAUCUGUCUUACUGGCAAGGUCUUGACUCCCUCUCUGCUCCAUUCCUGUAUCUCAAUUUCAACAAUGAAGCACUGGCCUAUUCUUGCCUGUCAGCAUUCAUUCCCAAGUACCUGUAUAAGUUCUUCAUGAAGGACAACUCGGCAGUCAUACAAGAGUACUUAGCAGUGUUCUCCCACCUGAUAGCAUUUCAUGAUCCUGAGCUGAGUAAUCACAUGAACAGCAUCGGGUUUAUACCAGAACUCUACGCUAUUCCUUGGUUCCUGACGAUGUUCUCACAUGUUUUCCCGCUGCACAAGAUCUUCCACUUAUGGGAUACCCUGUUGCUAGGCAACUCCUCCUUCCCACUCUGCAUCGGGGUGUCCAUCUUACAGCAGCUGAGGGCGGGCUUGCUUAGCUUCGGUUUCAAUGAGUGCAUCUUGCUGUUCUCUGACAUGCCUGAGAUUGACAUUGAGAAAUGCGUGCGAGAGUCCAUCCGUAUCUUCUGUAACACACCCAAGAGUGCUACAUACAGGCAGCAUGCCAGACCACCGCGUAGAUCUGAUCAAGAGAACACGGCUGCCUCGCAGAUCAAACCUGUCUCUUACUACAGUACUGACUAUAAUGAUGUCCCUCUGUCUGAACUGUCCCGUGAGCCACUGAGCCUGACUGAGCUGAAAACUGAAGUCAGUCCUCGCAUCUCUGCUGAGGAUCUCCUGGAGCUGUGUGACCUCAAGCCAGGGUUGACGCCCGGCUCACGCUCACCGACCAAGAAAACCAGGACCAGCAGGCCUCUCAUACUGUCUGUGGAUGUACGCAGCUCUGAAGACUUCGUCCGUGGUAACAUACCUGGCAGCGUCAACAUUCCUUUCAACCAGGCGUUCUCCCCUGAGGGAGACUUGGUACCAUGCAAGGCAGUCACGCUGCUCAACAACCACAAAGGAAGGGUGGUGGUUGUGGUCGGCAACAGAGGAAAGAAUGCGUCUAAUUUUGCGACACAGCUUGUGAGGCUAGGCUUCCCCAAGGUGUGCGUGAUGCAUGGUGGGAUUGAAUGCUUGCGACCGACGGGUGUCUUAGCCGUGUCCUCGCCAGACCUUGUAUAAAAACCAAAACUUAGGCCAAAAAU